GGUUGAUGCACACUCCAGCCACCAACUUAUUCCAACCGGACCCCUACUGCCCUAGAACUCCCCUAUCAAACCCCUCACAAUCCCAUCUCCCACCCAGCCUUGUCUACUUCCCAACCAUCCGAAUAUUGUCAAUUAAUAUGUAUAAUAAUAAAAGGCGACGCUUGCCAUGGUAGGUUUAAAUUCUCUUUUUCAUCUUGCAGAUCAUUCCCUUCCACUAAGCUGUAAGGCGCAAAAACUCGCGGCCCUCAACCAGUACAAGCAAAACCCCCUUGAGGUGUUGUCCAAGAUGCAUCCAAACCUGUCGAUCUCCUUUCUCUUUAUCCUAUCCGUGUUUGAUUCAUCUACAGCAUUGCCUUUUAUUAUACAGAGAAGGCAACCAACCCAGUCAUUGGUCGCUCGCGCUACAUAUUCUGUAGUCCCGAUUGACGGGAAUGGUUCAGGUUCAGGUUCAGGUUCAACAACUCCUGGCACAAUUGAGACAAUUGUUGUAACUCCUACCCCGAGUACGAGAACAAUUGUCCAAACUUCUCCACCAGUUACCAACACGAUAGUGAUUACCGCAAGUCCCGCGACCCAGACUGUUGCUACUACAGUCUCUAUUAUAGACAUUCAACCCACAACCAACGUUGUAACCACCACCGUGACUGAAGACGACCAUGCACCAACUUCAACUUCAACUUCGGUGUAUCCAAGCACAAAAUCUACUACAACAACAUCAUCGUCUAUAUCUACUAUCUCGUCAACCACACUCCCGACGCCGUCAAGUACGGUAGUCACGUCAGCUCUGCCAACGACUUUCGCCAGCACCUCUUCCCCAACGGCAUGGACGACAUCCAUACCAGUGUCCAGUUGGGUGUGGAGCUCAAGUGCUUCUCCUGAUGAUGGUUCGUGGCACACAUCUUACCCUCCUUGGAAUGGGACUGUGAGCCGUCGAUUUGCUCGUGAGCAAUGAGAUAGCAAUAGCCAUUUUCUACCGUUGAGGCUUCUCUAUCUACUUUUUACUAUAGGAAUGAAAUGUAUGAGAGCGGGAUAUGGUAUUAAUGGAGUAUUUCGGCGGGGCAGGCCAUGGCAUGAAAUACAUGGACUAAUGUAAUAAAUGGAUAAUUGGGAUGCUUGGUCUGGUUGCGGACCGAGUAAUGAACCAUACGCAAACCAAGCGCUGGGACGCGUCAAAUUUACUAAGUAUCUUGACUAGAGAGAUAAAUAUGAAAAUAUAUUCUUAUUUAUCGUUGUCCUAA